AUGGACGAGGAUUUCCGGCAGUGCCUGUGUGAGUACGUCACCAGUGUGGUGCACUCAGCAGGGACACACGUCCGGACGGACCGAGCCAGGCAGGUGCUGACGGGGGCUCAGCUGGCUGCCAGGAUCAAGGGCGUCUCCCGAUAUUGGAAGACCCAACGCUACGACUUCUCACCCAUGAAGAUGGCUGAGGCGUUUGCAGUGAUGAGACAGGAGUUAAACAGGAGAGCAGUAGAAGCCACCAGGAGGGAAUAUGACCAAUUUGUGCAGGAGCUGGACCGUGACCACCAGAGCAUGAGCAGCUGCCUGAGGGUGAAGCCCCUGGAGAUGCAGCGACGCCUGGAGGGGAAACGCCAGGAGCUGCUGGAGCGCUGCCAGGGGGAGCUGCGGGGCGAGGACCCCCAGAAACAGGCGGCCCUGGAGGAGCUGAAGAAGGAGCUGGACAAGCAGAUGGCGGAGUUCCUGCCGCGACAUGAACAGCGCUUUAAAAUGGCAGCGAUGAUGGAGGAGGAAAACAGAAAAGCAGUAGAAGCCUCCAGGAGGAAAUAUGAACAAUUUGUGCAGCAGCUGGACCAUGACCACCAGAGCAUGCACCGCUGCCUGAGUGUGAAGCCUGCGGAAAUGCAACGACGCCAGGAGGGGAAACGUCAGAAGCUGCUGGAGCGCUGCCGGGGGGAGCUGCGGGGCGAGGACCCCCAGAAACAGGCGGCCCUGGAGGAGCUGAAGCAGGAGCUGGACAAGCAGAUGGACGAGUUCCUGACGGCCUAUGGGCAGCACUUUAAAAUGGCGGAGAUGGCAGAGAUGAGAGAGAAGGCAAACAGAGGAGCAGUAGAAGCUGCAAGGAGGGAAUAUGGACUAUUUGUGAAGCAGCUGGACCAUGGCCACCAGAGCAUGAGCAGCUGUCUGAGAGUGAAGCCCCUGGAGAUGAAGCGACGCCAGGAGGGGAAACGCCAGGAGCUGCUGAAACGCUGCCGGGGGGAGCUGCGGGGCGAGGACCCCCAGAAACAGGCGGCACUGGAGGAGCUGAAGCAGGAGCUGGACAAGCAGAUGGACCAGUUCCUGUCGGCCUACGGGCAGUGCUUUAAAGUGAAGAAGGCCGAGUGGUUGGGCCUGUACAUUGGGCCAUCGCUAGCUGCCAUCGCGCGCCGGGCACGGGCUCGCCCCGACUGGCCCGCGCACCUGCCAAUCAGCAAAUGGCUGCCCCUUCAGGAGAUGGCUGAGGCGUUUGCAGUGAUGAGACAGGAGUUAAACAGGAGAGCAGUAGAAGCCACCAGGAGGGAAUAUGACCAAUUUGUGCAGGAGCUGGUGAGUGCAGAGGGGCUGCGGAUUGGGAAUGAGGGGCACCAGCAUACCUGGGGGGAGGCAAGGCUGAGGUAG